AUGGAUGAUAGAGUUGUAUUGAAGAUUUAUUACUACGGGCAGAUCUUAUUACAAACAUAUGAGGGAGUUCAAUUCGUGUGUGAAAAUCCAUUAGAUGUUGUUAUUCCAUUCACAUUGUCAUUUGAGGAGUUGAAAGGUGUGAUUUGUGAGAAGAUAGGCACGCAAAGAUGUAGGAGAAUAUCGUGUAUUUUGUACAGGUAUCCUUUACCUGUGUUUGGCGGGUUUGUUCAAUUUCAAACCAAGUAUGUGAUGGACGAAGCGAGUAUGCAGGAAAUGUUUUCAAUGUACAUGGAAAAUCGCCACCGAAUAUCGUGCAUCGAGUUAUAUAUUGAGUUUGAGCAAUCUGAAGCAGACCGUAACAUUGAGUUGGAAGAUUAUAAUAGUGAAAGCGAAGAUGAAUUUGAAAGUAACUAUGAGAUCGUCGGUCCAGGCGAGGACGAAGAAGAAGCUGUUGGCGACAUGAACGCAGAUGUGGCGGAAGUUGCAAAUGCACUAGCAAACCCGCAUCCGUUUCAAGAGCCUUCUUUCAUGCGGUCGUUGGAUUUAGGGGCUAUGCACGCAUCGGAGUUUCCGGAAUAUAUGAAUACAGCCCCUCCUGUUGUGGCGGAUGGUGAGUUCACAGUGGGGAUGGAAUUCAGCUCAAGGGAGGCAGUAAUCAAGGCAAUGAAAGAUUAUACCAUCCGGAGAGGUGUGGACUAUCGGGUAUAUGAGUCGGAACCGACGACAUUCUAUGCCAAAUGUAUAGAAUAUGGGAAUGGUUGUGACUGGUUGAUCCGGGUAACCAAAAUGCAGAAGAAGUACUGUUGGGAGAUAAGGAGGUACAAUGGAAGUCAUACCUGUACCAGGUCUACUAUUUCUCAAGACCAUUCGAAGCUGGAUUCCAAGACAGUUGCGGAAGCAAUAAAGCCGUUGGUAGAGGUUGACCCGUCUAUAAAGGUAAAAUCUGUAAUUGCUGAUAUCCAGUCAAAGUUUAACUACACCAUCAGUUAUCGGAAGGCUUGGUUAGCAAAGCAGCAGGCGGUCGAAUCAAUUUUCGGAAGUUGGGAAGCAUCGUAUGAAGCUUUGCCGAUAUGCUUACCAGGGGAUGAUUUGGUUCCUGAUAUACGUGUUCUACAUAGAGUCUUCUGGAGUUAUUACCCCUGUAUAAGGGCCUUCAGACACUGCAAGCCAGUGGUGCAGGUGGACGGGACUCAUUUGUAUGGAAAAUACAAGGGUUGUUUAUUGGUUGCAGUGUCACAAGAUGGUAAUAACAACAUCGUGCCUAUUGCAUUUGCCAUAGUGGAGGGAGAGACUUCUGAUGCAUGGCACUUUUUUCUGAGCAACCUGCGUCAACAUGUGGUGACCCGUGAUGGUGUCGGACUAAUCUCCGAUCGACACGAUUCGAUUAGGUCAGCUAUUGAACGAAGUAAUGGGGCGUGGUCUCCUCCAAGAGCUUUCCAUAUGUUUUGCAUCAGGCAUAUUGAGUCCAACUUCUUGAGGAAGUUCAAAGCACCUUACCUGCAGAAGCUUAUCGUCAAUAUUGGAUAUUCAAGGACGACCAGGGAGUACCAGAUGCGUUAUGAACGAUUAAAGGAACGGGGUGAGGCUUACACCAAUUGGCUUGAUCGGAUCCCUCGUGAGCAGUAUGCUUUGGCAUUUGAUGGUGGUUACCGAUGGGGUCACAUGACCACCAAUCUUGUGGAAUGUAUCAACUCCGUCCUAAAGGGUGCACGCAAUCUCCCAGUCACUGCACUUGUUAAGGCGACAUUUUACAGGCUGAAUGAGUUGUUCACUAGGAAAAGAGCUGAGGCUGAAGCCCGAAUCAGUGCUGGAGUUAUGUUCUCUGAGAUGGUGACAACCAAGCUGAAUGCAAAUCAACGAGCAUCAGGUAACAUACAGGUUAGCUGUUUUGAUAGAGAAAAUGAAGUCUUCGAAGUACGCGAGAUGCCUAGUGGGGUUGAGUAUGCAGUUGACCUGCGCCACUAUCGGUGUGAUUGUGGUGAAUUCCAGGUUGACCGAAUUCCGUGUAGGCACGUGUUUGCGUGUUGUGCAAAUCAGAGGUUGGAUUGGAAAGUAUUUGUUAAUGACGUUUACAAGAUGGACCAAAUUCGAAGAGUAUACAGGGCUAGGUUUCGACCACUGGGAAAUCCGGCAACGUGGCCUGCUUAUCAUGGACCCAGAUUCGUUGGAAACCCGUUCCUAAGACGGGUUGCCAAGGGCCGGCCGAAGAUGACCCGCUUCUUGAAUGAGAUGGACACCCGUAUGUUGCGUCGCCCUAGGCGAUGCAAGCAAUGCGGUGCAGAGGGCCAUAGUCGCAGUAGAUGUCGUCAAAGUGGUGGACCGAGUGCAGGUCCAACCGACUAG